AGCGUUUUUGGCAUUUUUUCCGAAUCAUGCCUGAACCCGCCAAGUCGGCGCCGGCCCCGAAGAAGGGCUCCAAGAAAGCGGUGACCAAGGCGCAGAAGAAGGACGGCAAGAAGCGCAAACGCAGCCGCAAGGAGAGCUACUCGGUGUACGUGUACAAGGUGCUGAAGCAGGUGCACCCCGACACGGGCAUCUCGUCCAAGGCCAUGGGCAUCAUGAACUCGUUCGUCAACGACAUCUUCGAGCGCAUCGCGGGCGAGGCGUCCCGCCUGGCGCACUACAACAAGCGCUCGACCAUCACGUCCAGGGAGAUCCAGACGGCCGUGCGCCUGCUGCUGCCCGGGGAGCUGGCCAAGCACGCCGUGUCCGAGGGCACUAAGGCCGUCACCAAGUACACCAGCGCCAAGUAACCUCGUCAACUGAUCUCUUAGCUCCGGCAGCUGACCCCAGGAGCAGUAUCCCGUGAUGGAAAGUGAACCUACCCUUCAAGCAUUAACAACCAACCAGAUCACCCAGACCAGUUUGAACUAAUCAGGACUCCGACCUGUGCGGGUGGACCACUGAGUGACCCACGGAGUGACUUACAGUGACCUGUACUUCAUUAUCAUACUAAAAUCUGCCCACCGAGCACAAGGCUCAUUUCCAUAACACACAAUGUGAGUCUAGGCAUGUUUUUUAAGGCGCAUGUGAGGCUAUGCCUGCCUAUAUAUACAAGGACAAGGCUCAUCUUCCUACAUAUUCACCCUAACCCUACAUAAAAGGAACCCAUUCACCCUUGCCUGGGGAGUCAUGGUUUUGGAAGUUAUUCCCUGUGGUCUCCUUAUUUGCUGCAGAUAAAGUUUCCUUUGUGGGACAACUCACCUGGUGCAGUUUCUUUUUUUAAGAUUUUAUGUAUUUGAAAGAGAAGAGAGCCAGGGAGUUGCUGAGGGAGAGGGACAAGCAGACGCCAUGCUGAGUGCAACUCCCAGGGCUGGGUGUGAUCCCACAAUAGGGGAUCAUGACUUGAGCCAAAAUCGAGAGUCGGGCACUUAACUGACUGAGCCACCUGGUGCAGUUUCUAUCUGUGAUUCCCAGGGGAAUGAACUCGAACAUGAGUUCCCUUACAAUGGUACAGGUUUUCAGUGUUUAUUUUGUGUAUUAUUUCUAAGAAACGGCCGCUGUGGUCAGUGUCUUCCAGUUUGCUUUAUUCCACAGGAGAGAAACCAGGCCUCCUAGUCCCCUUCGAUUCGGGCUGCAGCCUGCAAAUAAAUUGAUUAGGGACUGUAAGGGGGAAGGAGCAGAAUCCAGCCAAGGCAAGGGCAGGUCAUCAGGCUAAAGGAAGGACUGGUAACCAUCCUUCCCUCCUCUUGCCUCUGUCCCCUUUCCCCCUAAUCUCCCUACAAUGCCCACAUGGUUUUCUUAUUGUUUCUCUGCACUAUUAUAAAAAAUCCUCAUCAAGCCUAUGGAACUUGAAAUGAGUAGAUCAUUCAAAUUGUCUGUAAGGGAUAUACGAAUAUCUACAAAUAUAGGAAAAAGUGCUCAAUUACAUUAAUCCAGAACAUUAGGGGAAAAAAAAGCCUUAAAAGUAUGGUAAAGAGAGAGCUUUCCUUUGUUUAAAACUUUUGUUUAGAAAUAUUCUGUGUAUCAUUUAGAAAUAUAAUACAGAUUUCAGAUUUUUUAUUAAUACAGACCUAAUACUGUACUAAUAAAUACAAAUAUUAGCAUUAGGUAUUAAAAGAUAGCUUAAUAGGCCACCCCAAAAUAGUCCACUCUGACGUAAGGUUGAUUUUGAGCUGAAGGCAUUUGAGAUGAAGCAGAGAGAAGAAACGCUCUUUGUCUUUCCACUUAAUCGCCUAAAAGCAGGAAGUAGAUUUACAAAGCUGUCCCUCCUUCCCUCUCUACCAGGAGGGACAAAGGUUAAUCCCAGUGUCUGGGUAGGCAGUUAGUUUAGGCUCUACCGGGAUGGCCCGAGGCCAUCAAGAAGGAGGCCACGGCCGGCUGUGCGGAAGAUCAGAGGCAGGUCGGGGCAGCGUUGGCGAGAAGCCGGAUCCCACCAGACAGGCCCAAGAUGGCGGCGCCACGACUGAAAACCCCUGACCCGGUGAAGAGACCCUGCUUCCGGCCCCAAGUAAUGACUAUUUUGCCCGCUGGUUAACAACUGUCAGUGAAAGAAACCCUAACUCCAGGACGCAUGGUUCUCCCUCUUGAGCUCACCAUGCUCUCUCACAUCCUGAGUGUUCUUUGGUUUCAAUAAACUUUCCUGCUUGUACCUCUCAUACACUGUAUUGCGUCUGCCCUUGAAUUCCUUCUCGUGAGGAGACCAAGAGCCUUCAGCGACAUCUUUGAUAUAAGUUGGGUCCAGACCUCAGGGCCCAGGUCUCCCAGUUCACCCAGCAACGCCAGUAGGCAGCUUUAGACCUUUAUCAGUGGAGAGGGCCCCAAAUUAAAUCUGCUUAACAAACUUGAUUCUUGUUUUCCUGGUAAGCUUCCCAUAACUAACUUCCCCUCACCUUUUGUGGUAGGCUUAUAAGGGCCGAGGGCAGGAAGCCCCAAAGAUGGGCCGAGCUGAAGACAAUAAAGACCCUGUGGGCUCGAGAGAAACUUUUGUCCCUCCCAUAGGUACAUAGAAAAAUCUAAAUUGGGGUCGUUCCCAGAAGAGGGUUAUUAACAGAGGUAAACGUUUUCCGAGGGACCCAUCUCUUGUGGAGGCCAAAAAAAACAAGGCUGUACCCACCUCAAGUCUAGCCUUGACAUCAAGUACAGCCAUCUUGGCCCCGGCAGCCAUCUUAGGCCUUCGUGAGGGGUAAAUGACCCCUGGCUCCAGGAAGACUGACCAAGUUUUGAAAACAAAACACCAUACCAAAAACUAAUUAGGAAUAGGAUAACUUAACGAGGUAAUAAGUCAUGUCAGGAGUAGGAUAGCUUGACGUUGUAAUAAAUCAUGUCAGAAAUAGGACAACUUAACGCUGUAAAAAAUCACAAGAACAUAGGGAUGCGAUCGUGGCCCAAUCACCUACUGCCAAAUCCACCCCUACUCUGUCUUUAAAAACUCUGACUGUAAUCUGGUUCAGGGUCCAAGCCUCUACUCCGCUGUGUC